CGGUGAUACAAACUGCGAUGGCUAGGGCAAGCUGUGGCAGUCGAACCAAACAAUAACAGUGGAGUUGGUGUAUAAGAGUGGUUUGUUAUCUACCGACUACUGGCCAUAAAUACUACCUACAAAUUUCUCACGGUUGGCUGAUCGCGGGGAUUCAACGCAAUGGCCGAGAAGCUCAGUAUGGAAGAGGUGAAACAAUUGCUGUCGGCGCUGGACAAAAAUGAUGAUGGAAAGGUUAGUGCAGAUGAACUACAGCACUUUCUCAGUACUCCGAACUGCAAGAUUGACAAGGAGAAGCUGGAAAUGGUCAUCGCCAGGCAUGACAAAGAUAAGGACGGAAAACUGGAUCUCAACGAACUGGCUGAUCUGUUAGCUGGACACUGAGGUUAUCUACUUUUGUGAAUCAACCAGAAUAUUGGGCAUAAAAUGAUACCGACGUAAA